AUGCAUCAUCCACCUCAUCCUGAGCCCACAUGGAAAGCCACGCUUCACUAUCCCGGCUUCGUGGCUCAUACGCGUAAAGCAUUCAUCAGUUUCCGGACCGAGCUCAAUCGGGAAUAUCGAACGCUCCAGAAGAGUCACAGCGGGGCUUGCGCGAAACUUUUCGCGGGUUGCGUUAGAUUUGGCUCACGUUGCGAGGGGCGCGCGGUGUCACGUGGAACGCGACACGCCGGCCGCAACGUGACAUCGGUUCAAAUCGACCGCGGCCAGGGAAAGCGUAGAUUCCGUUCGGUGUUACGCAAGGAUGUAGGUAGGCGCGUCGCCGAUUUCCCCAAUGUAAGGCGGCGGUCACUUUCGAACGGCCCGUGCUGCGCCCGCGACGGCUUUAUGCAGGAGCGUGGCACGACCCGCGGAAAUUGUCAGUUCCGCGGAAAACUUGCGGCGCCCCAGUUGCGAGGAACUUGUCGAUUCCGCGGAAAGCGGCAUUUCCGGCGCCCUCUGCUGCGGAAGUGCACUAAUCUAGCAUUAUUCUACAGUGGACCCGCGGGAAUCAACACCCGCGGAAACUGUCACUUCCACGCUUCUCACAUGCGG